AUGCCUCUUCCGCUCCCUGAUACUGGUUCACUUUCUUUGUUCAAGGGUCCUUCAUCAAUGACUUCUCGAAUAAAUAAUGAUCUCUUAGGUGUACCGUCGUCCGGCUUUGAUGAGUAUAAUUUAAAAGGCACUAAAAGAAUGGAUGUAUCUACUGCACCUCCCAGUCCUGUCAACUGUUCUAUUUCUAUCGAACGAAGAGUUAAUUCUGCUGAUAUUUUGCGUGUACGGCGAAAUAGUGAUAAAAGUUCAUUAUUAAACAACAAAAAGCAGUCUGAUUGGUGGAAAUCAUUCUUAUCUCGUAUUCAACAAUUCCCUUUUUUGAAACGGAACGAUCAAAAAAUUUCAAAAGAUGUAUCUACUAGUGAAAUUGAUUUAUCUGCAACUUCAAGAUCAAGUUCAAGUGUUGACGUUCGAGCUAUUAGUUGUGAUAAUACUGUCGUUGAUCAUGAUAAGGAUAUGAAUGCAACUACUUUAGAUAAUAACAAUAUUAAUAAUUCUAGUGUUGACUCUGAUGUUACAUUAAAAGGUUCUUCUGCGUCUUUAUUUGACGUCUGUGCUCAAACACCUCGACAUUUCUCUAAGGAACCUGAAGUAUUAGGUAAAGUCGGUCGAUUUACUAUAGUUAGAGAAAGAGAAGAUUUUAGUACUACUAUGUUUGAUCAAUGUCAUUGUCAAGAAAAGCCCUGUCGCUUCUCUACGAAAGGUGGAGUUCAUCCUGUAAUGCCACCAGAAACUUUACCAGAUUUAAUACCUCUUUCUUCUCAAUUUUGCACUGUUAACGAGUCCAGUCCACCGAUAAGAAUUCCUAUUCAUAAAGAUUCUAUGAAUUUAGCUUCUUAUAAACUUUCUUGUCAACAAUAUGGUGCUCAAAUAAGACAAAAUUCUUGGGAAUCGAUUGCUCCUUAUCGUCCAGGAGUCUCUCAAAGUUCUUCUAUAUAUACACAAAAUUCUUUAUAUACACAACAAUCGUCAGCUGCAACUUCUAGAACUUCUUUAUCUUCAUUGAAAUAUUCUACUGAUUUAUCAAAUGUAAAUUUGACGAAUAAUAAGAUCUCCACCUCUUAUUCAUCUGAUUUGGCUCUCACACGUAGUCGAUCAAAGAAUAUUGUCAACAAACCUAUAAAGCCACCAUCACCUGUAGCUAAUGGUCCCGUUAGAUCAAAGAGAUCAUCAUCAAGUAAUAUUAAAGUAUCGGAUAAUAAUUUGUUACAAGAACUUUUGAAUGAUCGACGACAACAAUUAUUACCUACUACUACUACAUCAAAGUUUGAAACUAAUGAACCUCAUACUACAAUUAGUUCUCAUACCGGUAGAAAAUUCGAAGUAUGGAGUUCUUCGUCCUCUGAACCUGCAUCUUCACCUUCAUCUACCAUGAGUAGUAGUAUACUUAGCAUGUCCUCGAGUCCUAAUAAUAGUUUAUACUCAUUACAAGGUACAUCAACCCGAUGUAGUACAUUGAGCAGUAAACAUGGUCGUAAAUUUGAAGUUACCAUUAUUUCAUCUGGUAACACUGAAAAGUCAAAUAAUGCUGGCAAUUAA